GUUCCUCAACCGCAACAAGCUGAAUGGUUCAUUUCCUCCCUGGAUUGCCAAGAUGUCCAGCAUUGGGUGGCUGUACCUCAAUGAAAACAAUUUCUCAGGCCCCAUACCUGCUGCUCUUGGCGGCUCUAAAGGCCUCAUCUUUCUCGAAAUAUCAGGUUCGGGCUUCACGUGCCCACCAGAAGCGUCCAGCUGUGUGGUUCGGCAGGUCAACUACAGCGCCUUCUGCCAAGGCUGCCAUGACUUUUGUGCCACGUGCACAAGUGAUCGAU